CCAGUCCAAUGCCCGGCGCCUUGCUCUCCACAGAUCCUCACGAUAUCUCAGCUGAAGAUGAGUCGGGAGAAGAGCUUCCCAGAUAAACUGAAAAAAUGGCUUCAGUCCGGGGGCGUCACCACCGCCACGCCAAACACCUUCUCGCUGACGAAGGAGCAGGAGGCCGGACUCAGCAGCACCUCAUCCCUCUCCACACGCCUCCGCACCGUGGGAGCGUUAACGGACAUCUUUAAGGCGCAGAAGAUUGAGGAGCAUGGCAUAGAAAAGGUGUGGUGCCUCGUGAAGGACCUCCUGGACGUGGAGAAGAUGCCCCCUCGUGCCCGCAUGACCACCCUGCGCAUGCUGACCACCUAUGCCCAUGGGGAACAGGAAAUGGGCAACAUAAGGAUGAUCUUCAUAAACCAUAUCAAAUCGUCUUACACUGAGGAGGACCAUGAAACCCUGUUCAAUUUCUUCCGUGCCGUCCUGUCUGAUGGCCGGCGAAUGGACAGCGUGGAGCAUGAGGUCGGCCCCAUAUACGCCCAAUGGCUGCCGCUCCUGUUGAAGUCCCCGGUCAAGAAGGAAGCCCUGGAACUCACGACCAACCUCAUCAAGUUCCAAUCAGCCUAUACGGAUUGUAAAAUCGUUGAGUUCUAUGUGAAGGAAGUUAUCCGCAAGAUGCAUAGUGCCGAGGACGAGGAGGAGGCCCUUCUGUGCAUGACUGUGCUGGAGACAGUGGUGGCCUACAGGUACUUGCCCUCCUCUGUCCUGUCCACUGCCCUGAUUGGCAUGUGCAGGCUCGUCAACGUCUCCCACCUCACCGAACGGGUUGUCAAGGUUGUGAGGAACAUUCUCGCAACAACUGAAGCUUCCACAGCCUAUGAUAUGCUGAUGCGGAUCAUUGACAGAGGGGCAGAUUUCCAGCUGGUGAGGAGUGCCAUGUUCUUCUGCGCCUACUUCACCUUCGGGAUAGAGCAGCUCACCUCGCUCAAGUACCGGAAACGAGAACUGAUGCAAGCCAUGUGUGACAGUCUGUCCGAGGCCUCUCCAAUGAGUCGCGAGGUGCUGGUUUUGUAUGAGGUCUCGCUGAGUCUGCUGCGGUUGCUGCUUCACCCCCUGCCAAAGCUCACCUCAAGGGAGUGGAAUCUUGCACUUGAUGUCUUGAGCCAAUCGUAUAAGGGCCUAGAGAGGAUGGAGGAUGGAGAGCAAAGGAGUAGUAUCCAUGCAGUCCUCGGAAGUGCAAUGAGCGGCGUGGAACAUUUUAUAGAGGACAAACAGUUUAAUGGAAGUAUUGACAAGUUUCACAAUCUGAUGGACAGAGCCGCCCGCCACCUGCCAGUUCCGUCUGUGAUGAAGGUCAUAGAUAAUCUAAAAGUGAAGGCCACUCCUCCAAAGAACAACUGGGUCAAAAAUCUUUAUGCUUUGGUGAAAAAGUAUUUUGUUAAUGAUUCCAGAGACGAGGUGAAGAUGAAGGCUCUGAUGGUGCUCCACCAAAUUUAUCUUGAUUACAGACCUCAGCAUGGAAGUGUGAUUGUUGAAUCAAUUGUUACUAAGCUCUUUGUGGGGUAUGAGAAGCUGCCUUCCCUGCUGGUGAGGAAUCUGGUUGUAACGGUGAUAGACAGCAUGGUCACAUACGAGAGCUGCCCGGCUGUUGAGGACCUGCUCGGACUAAUGGAGGAUCUCCUGAUGGUCAAUUACAAGCGGCCAGACUGUCCGGCACUCACCUCGGCAGACACACCCGACAUCAGCAUCACAGUCACUGGUUUGGUCGUCAUGCUUCGGAAAAGGUCCUGGCAGUCACCGUCCAAGUUUGCAGUCAUUAUCUACGAUAUGUUGAUAAGAUUUUUAGAUCAACACUACCAGAAACCAGAGAUACUAGAGCAAGCAAGUUUGAUAAGAUUCAAGGUCUUUUUGUUCAUCAUGGGAAUGAACUGCAAUGAGAGGAAUGAGCUUGGCUUCACGAUUGGUGAAUUGAGUGCAAUUGAGGACAGACUCAGAGGGUCCAUUGAGCCCUACACCCCCUUCGUGGUGGUCAGCCCCAAGGAGCGCUCAAGCCAGGAGCUGCAAGAGACCUCAACGUGUGGCACCGAGGCAGACGACAUCGCUGAAGACGUCAGCGUUAUCUGUCUUGGGGAUGUGGGGAGGGUCCUCUUGAAGGCGCUGGAGAUGGAAAAAGACUGGGAAGUACUUGAGCAAAUUGUGAGAGUCGUGAGAGAGAACCUGCACUGGAAGACUUACGUGCUUGCCUUCAGCGAUGGCAAGAUGGACCUCAUGGCUUCAAGAGUCUGUAGAAUGGUUUACGACGCCUCCCUAAACUACCCCAAAUGUCUAACCUUCAUCCCCGAGCCUUUAUCACGCUCAAAGUUUGAAAGUAACCUGUAUCCUCUGCUGGCACAGUUAGUUGCCCACCACCAAUACCUGCACUCCAUGACACAGCGGAAGCUCAUCCGCUCUCUGCAGCUGGGUGUGAUGAACAAGGACUCUGGUCAGCUGUGCAUUGAGGCCAUAACCCUGUGUGUGAUGGAAAUGCCGCAGGCCAUGGGCAAGGAGAUAACGAGGAUCAUCUCCCAUUUUGCCAAGAUCACUCAGUCCGUCACACAUUCUCAAUCCAUGUUAGAGUUCCUUUCCACUCUCCUUCACUUCCCUCGGCUGUACUCAAGCUUCGUCGAGACUCAGUACAAGUGUGUCUUUGCCAUCGCCAUCCCCUACACCAACCCAUUCAAGUUCAAUCACUACAUUGUGUCUCUGGCCUUCCAUGUCAUUGCCAUGUGGUUCCUCAAGUGCCACCUCCCAUUCAGAAGGCAAAUCGUAAAGUUCAUCACAACCAGUUUGAUGAAGAAGUUUGAAAUCUUGGUGUUAACUUACAAGCAAAGAGCUACCCCAGUAAAGGUUAAAUCAAAAAUUAGCAAAAAGGAGAAGGCAAAAUUAAAGGAAAAGCUGGAUGAGGAGGAACGUAACCUACGAAAGCUUCACGUAUUCACAGACCUCAUGGAGACCUGCUUUGACCUCAUGUCUCGCUACGUAUUUGCUUACUGCAAACCUGUAUCAGAAAGACCGAGCACGAUGGCAAUGCUGGUCAAGGGAAAAUGUAAGACCUGGAUUACUGGCAACAAGCUGAUCUCCAUCACCACGUCAGGCUGUGUGGGGAGACAGCUCAAGCCUGGCGUCUGUGAUAUUUGUCAAAACUAUUGCAGUAAAGGUCCCCCAGAUUUAAGGAAGGUGAACAUGGAUGAAUUGGUUCUUGAUGAUGCACCAAAAGAGAGCUCCCCAGUUUCCAAGCCUGCACCCAAAGCCACUCCUCGCUCAACUAGGCCUGACUCCACCCAGACCUCCCCAGUCUCCCGACCAGAAUCUUCUUCCUCAGAGUCUCGAGCUCCAUCCCUUAACCCUUCCCAACCCUGCUCUCCUACUUCCCCACCUUCCCCUUCUCGUCAGCCACCAUCAGCAAAAUCGCCUUUCUCCUUCCUUUCUCAACUAUCACCCUCUCGUUCAAGAGCGAAAUGUACUCAUCGUUCUCCCUCCCAUUCCUCAGAGUCUCCUUCUCCAUCGCCUUCCUCCAUCCCUUCUCAACCAUCCUUCUCUCAUUCCUCAAGAGCACAACCUACUCUGCCUUCCCCCUCCCAUUCCUCCAAGUCUCCCUCUCCUUCCUCAAAAUCCAGAUCUGGUCACCCAUCUCCCAUUAGUCAGCCUUCACCAUCGCCACAACAGUCCCCCUCUGACUCAUCAAGGUAUUCCUCCCCUCCGUAUUCUCCUUUGUCUCAACUUCCAACUGUUUCAGCCCAAUCCUUGCCUACGGGUAAACCUCCCCUUCGUCCAUCAACCUUCCCAAGAUCCCUCUUCGGCCAUUCCUCCCCGUCCAACCCCAGAAUCUCUCCCUCGUCUAAAGGCUCUCCUUCCUCGCCAGCCAGUCGACAACACUCCUCUCUGCCCUCUCCCUCUACCCCUCGCUCCCCACCCUUCCCCUUUGCCCACUACCCAGAACUUUCACCUUUCCUGUCUUCGCCAACCUCCUCCCUCGGUCUGUCCUACACUUCCGACUCCUCUCAAGGUGCCUCACUGUCCUUCACCUCGGAGUCCUCUCAAGGCACCUCCCCCGAACGCCCCGCAGAGAAUGCAACAACACAGUACAGUCCCUACUCCCUGUAUUUGCAAAACCUGACAGAAAAACGGAACUGGAAAGAAGUGCGCUGCUUUGUCCCCCUACCGAGAAAGCCUGCUCCUGCUGCUGCUGCUCCUGCAGCCGAGGUGGAUGGAGGCAGGCAGAGUCAUCCAAAGGUGCUCACGGUGGGAACGCCUCCACGUCUGCAGAUGCCAAUGCUGCCCCCACGACCUCAGGAUGUUGCAAAGGAGCUUGGACUCAAACCUGGCAUGCCUAUUGUUCUUCAUAAAUGUUCCUGCUGGUGCCGAGGAUGGGCUGAGCUAUACAUGAGGCAGCCUUGUGGCAACUUUUCAGUAAUGAUGACUAUCCAGAAUAGAUCAUUCAGCAGUGAUGAUGACAUUCUUACUCUGGGGGACAUAAGUGAACUCCCUUCCCCAUUCUGGAAAGAUAUGCCAGGCAAGGCUACAAGAGGAAGAGAGAACCCAGACCCUGCGGAGGCAGUGGGGAGAGGUGGUGGCAAGCAAGGUGGUGAUGCCUCAUCUGUUCAGAAGACUAAAACAAAAACAGGAGCGAUUCCCAAGGAGCAUCCUCAUGUGGAGGCUCGGAGUCCUGGUACAGUGGAGGAGGAUGUAGUACCAGAGUCACUGUCACCAAGCUUCGUGUUCCUUCAGCUGUACUACGAUGGCUUGAUGCCAACUGAUGACAGACGUCCCGUCCUGCUGCCAACUGAACAGAUGGAGAUGCACCGGUCACUCAAGCUUCUGGACCUGAUCAAGCCUUGUGACACCCACAAGAUUGGAGUGCUGUAUGUGCGCAAGGGGCAGACACUGGAGCAGGAGAUUCUGAGCAACUCUUUUGGCUCACUCAGAUACAUGCAGUUCCUCUAUGCUCUGGGUUCCUAUGUGGAGUUGACAAACUUGUCCCAAGAUGUCUUCCUUGGAGGCCUGGACACAUCAGGGGUGGAUGGGAAAAAUACUCUAAUCUGGCAUGACGACUUACUGCAGGUUGUGUUCCAUGUGGCCACCAUGAUGCCCACCAGGGACUCUGAUCCAAGAUGUAAUGGAAAAAAGCGGCACAUUGGGAACAACUACGUCACCAUUGUGUACAAUGACAGUGACAAACCCUACGGCCCACACACCAUCAAGGGCCAGUUCAAUCACAUUGUGAUAGAAAUUGUACCCAACUAUAAAGACACCAACACCGUCAAGCUUCACUGCCAGCCUCAGAUGCUCAACUACUUGAAGGGGACGAGUGCACGACUGGUGUCCAACGCCAGCCUGCCCAUGCUUGUCAGGCAGAUGGCCGUCCACUCUAAUCUGGCAGCCAAAAUCUUUGAGUCGCUGACACGCCCACCACACACCCCCUACGCCAACAACUGGGUGGAGCGGCUGCGACACAUCAGACGGAUCUGCAACAAUGUACAGGGCAACAUCAGGAAGAGUGAUGAGAAGUUUGGUGCACCCGAACUCAAUGACUUUGCCGAUUUGACUGAUGUUACCGUGAGGAACAGAGAACCAAAUAAAUCUGGCAAGUACUCCAUUCAGCUGAUGUACUGAUGUGGGUGUUAGUGUUGUAAUGUUUUGUUAAGGAUAUUGUAUGUUCCUUUUUUACUCUAUUUUAUAUCAUACAUUUUGAAGAUUUUAUGAAUUUUACUAGUACUGUUUUCUUUGCAAUUAAAAUGGUCCUUUCA